CGUGCAAUUCGAUGCUAAAAAAUGUUUAUCUGUAGAAAGUGUAUAGUAACAACAGACUUAGAAAAACUGUCGAUAGAUCAACGAUCAAGGUAAAGCAGUGCAAUCCCGUGUGGCAGUUGAAUAAUAUUUUCCGUGAAAACAGUUCGAGAAGUUGCUCGAGUGAGUAAUGUGGUGCAGAGAGCGUUCUCGCGAAGCAAGGUGUAUCAAAACGCGGGGAAAUAUUAAGUUUCACAGACGAAGCAGAAGUGUCGUCGAAUUUCUCCCAAGUUCCACGCGAUGCCUACGUAGUGAAUCUCAAGAAGCUAAUAUUGAAAGGUUGUUCAGAAUUGGACAAUAUCUAUUUAUCGCAUUAAUUCAAUAUUUAAUCGUUUCGGACGCAGAGAUAAUUUCGAAAGCCAUGUCAAAUAGCGCAACGUGACGCGAUAGCGCUUCUCCUGCUUUUUAUCGAAGAAUGGCAGCAGCGUAAUCGCGCUGCUUAAUACUCGAACAGUUAACAUAUUAAUUAAACAAUCAGUGCUGUGACUAGUUCGCGAAUUUUUAAAUUGUUAAAAAAGUUGUCCUGUAAAAAUAUCAUGGCUCCAAUGAGCGAAUUCCGCCCAUCAGUAUUCUCUUUGAUAAUAGUGUAACUCUAGGUAAGUUUCUCAUUACUAAAAGUACGCCCACGUAUCACUAUAGUAUCUCCAUUGCAAAAACUACCGUUAGUUUGAUCAUUUUAAUUUUAAGGAAGCCCACGCGCAAUGUAAUUGCGCUUAGUUUUUACUGGCAUCGCGUAAGCUUUGCGAUAAGCUACGCUCCUUGAUAGAGUAUUGAUUUGCAAUAAAAAAGAAUGCGUGCUUUUAAUAAAUUUAAUCGAAGCGGGAGAAACGGCUCGAAAGCUUUAUUGGUCGACCGCUAGGUAGCGUGAUAACCUUGAUCGGUAGUUUUGUUUAGAUUUGCACAAGUAUAGCGACGGUGCUCCAGCACACAUACGCACACCAGUGCAACGAGUCAAACAUCUCUCGAGACCUCCGCGUGAAGGAACCAAUAAGCGAUUUGCCAGUCUAAUCGUUCCAACGUCAUUGCAUAACUCGCGUUGCUUUUUAAACCAAUUAUUUAAUGCGCUGCGUGCAAUGAUUUUGCACUUGGAGGCGUUUACCGAUCGAUGUCACGCGUGUGUGGUGACGCCGACCGAAAAUGCCUACGGGCGCAAUAACGCCGGCGAAUUCUUCGAAUUGGAUGUACGUCAGAACUAACCUAAAUAAAAAAAGCCCCUUUACUGUGACGUUCUAACAAGGAAAAUAAAUUGUCCUAAAUAAGUAUGAACCAUCGUUCGAUGUCGUUUCAUCGAACUUCGACUUCGAUAUGUUCGACGUUGUCGCUUUUCUUGUGCAACGUCCGUGAUAAUUCACGUAUAGGUUAACUCACGACAGGCGUCCAUCGACCGUUUACAAUCUGUCAUUUAGAUUCGACAUUUUGUAAAUGAUAAUGUAAUUGUAUAAAUAGAAAUAUAGAGGUGAAGUUUCUGCGAAUGUAGCACGUCUUUUGCCAUGUAUUUUAUAAUGAUCAGACCUCUUAAAACGUUCCUGUUGAUAGUGAAUAUCGAAUAUCGAAUAUUUCGAAUUCAAAGCAAACUUUAGGAAUGAAAUUAAUUCCAUUUUAGAAUAAUUUUUGAUUUAUAUAUCUACAAAUAAAAUCGAACAAAUAAGAACUUGAUUACCAUGCAUUUAUGAUUAAAUGCAUCUGUUCUAAGUGUGAGAAAUAAUGUCUAAAUUUAAUGUAUAUUUGUGUAUAACCUGACUGCAUUAAGAAUGCAAGCCAAGAAGCGCUAUUUAUUAUUAUUUGUAACGUGCGCAUUUCUUGGUUACUGUUACUUUGGUGGUUACCGAUUAAAAAGUGAAAAGUGGCCAGGCAGAUCUCAGUUGCCUUACGAGCGAUUGCCUUCAUAUUUAAGUCUAAACGAGGAAUUCUAUGACAAGGAUUUAAGGACAUCAAAUGGAAACUCCCUUAUGUCUCAACGUACAAAACAAUGCCGUAUGGAGACUUGUUUUGACUUUACCAGAUGCAAGCAAGGUUUCACAGUGUAUGUUUACCCAGUUGAAGAUGUGAUAAGCCCACUAUACCAAAAAAUAUUAAAUGUUAUUACGGAAUCAAGAUAUUAUACUUCAGAUCCAACUCGAGCAUGUAUAUUUGUAUUAGCUUUGGACACAUUGGAUAGGGAUCCAUUGUCAACAGAAUUUGUGCAUAAUCUUCCUGCAAAAUUAAUGCGUUUACCAUAUUGGAACAACGGAAGAAAUCAUUUAAUAUUUAAUUUGUAUUCUGGAACAUGGCCUGAUUAUGCAGAAGAGUCAUUAGCCUUUGAUUUAGGAUAUGCUAUGCUCGCGAAAGCUAGCAUGUCUGUCUUCAGGCAUAGACCAAACUUUGAUAUAUCUAUACCAUUAUUUGGGAAACAACAUGCAGAACGCGGCGGAGAACCAGGCCAAGCUAUAGAAAAUAACUUUCCUAAUAAUAAAAAAUACGUCGCAGCUUUCAAGGGUAAAAGAUACGUCCAUGGCAUAGGUUCUGAGACUAGAAAUGCUCUCUAUCAUUUACAUAACGGCAAAGACUUGGUGUUUGUCACAACUUGUCGUCAUGGUAAAGCAUGGAGAGAAUUACAAGACGAACACUGUCAACAGGAUAAUCAGGAAUAUGAUAUGUACGAUUAUGAAAUUUUAUUAAUGAAUUCUACCUUUUGUCUCGUACCACGAGGAAGAAGACUUGGUAGUUUUCGUUUUUUAGAAGCUUUAAGGGCUGGAUGCAUUCCAGUUAUUCUAAGCAAUGGCUGGGCACUUCCUUUCCAUGAACGUAUCGAUUGGACACAAGCCGUUAUAUUUUCUGACGAAAGACUGUUACUUCAAAUUCCAGACAUAGUGCGGUCUGUGUCCAAUGUACAGAUACUUAAAUUACGGCAGCAGACGCAAUUCCUUUGGGAACGAUACUUUUCCUCGAUAGAAAAAAUCGUAUUUACAGUAUUCGAGAAUAUUCGGGAGCGUUUACCAUGGGAAGGUACUAGGGAGAAACUUGUCUGGAAUACUAGUCCUGGAGCAUUAGCGAUAUUACCGCAAUUUGCUGAUAGUCAACAAGAACUUCCUUUUUCAAAUAGUAAUCCAGGUAAUACCUUCACUGCCAUCAUCUAUUCGCAGUUGGGAUCUACUGCAGUUCUUUAUCGUCUGCUUAAAAGCGUCGCAAAAAGUAAAUACCUAGAUAAGAUUAUUCUAAUGUGGAAUUCAGAUAUUCCAUUACCAAGAAGGCCACGUUGGCAAGGGAUCAAAGCGUCAAUACACGUCGUUACGGUCGACGGUAUAUCCCAACGUUUCUAUCCUCAUCCGUUAAUCAAAACUAGUGCCAUAUUAUCGCUAGACGAAGAUGCCACGCUCAAUACCGACGAAAUUGAUUUCGCCUUUACGGUUUGGCGAUCGUUUCCUGAUCGAAUAGUUGGCUACCCAGCAAGAUCGCAUUAUUGGGACGAUUCUAAACGUUCGUGGGGCUACACAAGCAAAUGGACAAAUGAUUAUAGUAUAAUUCUAACUGGUGCCGCCUUUUAUCAUCGUUAUUAUAAUACGUUGUACACCGAAUUACUAAGCUCGACACUUCAUAAGACUGUUGAACAGUCGCAAAAUUGCGAAGACAUACUUAUGAAUUUUUUAGUAAGUCACGUCACUCGAAGACCACCUAUUAAAGUGACGCAACGGAAAUUGUAUAAAGAUACUACAGUGGCUGGAAUCAGAUCCCCUUGGAACGAUCCAGAUCACUUUAUUCAACGGCAGACGUGCAUGAAUACGUUCGUGGCCGUUUUCGGUUACAUGCCGUUGUUGCGAUCAAAUAUGAGGCUCGACCCUGUUCUGUUCAAAGACCCUGUAAGCAACUUGCGCAAGAAAUAUAGGCAAAUUGAACUAGUUAGUAAUUAGUAUUAUACAGGACAUUUUAUCAGUUACGCAGUUAUCUACUCUUGAGACGAGCAACCUAUAUAGUCUCGAAACAUUUCGAAACGUUAGUGGCGCAAAUUGCUGUUACGGUCGCGUGUGCAUGCUCGGGCUAUUCUAACCUAUAUAGGGAACACUCGCAACGUUGCUGUUAACGCGCCAUUGUGUGUUGUCGAUGGUUGUCGGGCAACGAAUCGAGACGGUCUUUCAUUUGCGAGAAAACGACGAUACUCUGCGCUUUUAUGUAUUCGCAAAUGAAUUUUGUACAAAAAUAACAAUAGGAGCAACCUAUGAUAUUGUUCGAGUUCGAAUCGAGCCACGGGACACGCAUCUCGUCGUUGCGAUCGCCGUAAUCAAUUGAUGUACAUACGAAUCGUUUCAUAGUUAUUAAUAAAACGAGCAAAAAUAAAACAAAAAAGAAAUAACAAAAAAAAAAAAAAAAAGAAAUGAAGGAAAAUUAUUUGACGAGUUCUUCGACUUUAAAAACCGGCCUUUUUGAAGCUAUGCGAGGUACUCCAAUUCGUAGUCAAUUGAUCGCUCGAACACCGAAUUCGCCGGAACGCUUACGUCUUUUUUUUUUCUUUUUUUUUUUCUUCCCACUGUCGUUACCGAUAUCUUAAGCCUCAGGGAUGGAUCUUUUCGCGAUCCUGAGUCUUUAUUUUUGCAUUUCUAAGUUUUAUUACGCUCCCGAUCGAAUGGUUGAAAUAAAAAAAAAUUUAUCGAUCAACGUAAGUCAUGGCCAUCGAUACACGUAUUAUUUAUCUCGGGUAAGUUUCUUCAAACGAAUCAGUGUUCUUCGGGUUUUGGGUAAAUUUUAUUCGCGAAUAACGAAUAGAAAUUCGCGAUCUAUUACGAACGCUGAUAAUGAAUAAUGAUUUUUAAUAUUUUUUGAUCGUUGUCCGCGAAUAAAAUUCGCUCGACGUGUUCUUUCCUCGAUCUGUGUUCGUCGUCGCGUCGAGCUCGAGUACACGCGCGUAAGGAAAUAUCACUUUUGUUUCUCAACACGUGUACGUUCGCAGUUUCGCCGCGCAUUCGGAGCGCAGAUUAUUCGUAAGUUGUAAUCAUAUACGUAGAAGGUAUUCCAAGGUUUUUACGUAUGUAUCUCUGUGUAAGAAAACCGCGUGCGUUUAACGUUUAUGUUCGUUUCGCGGGCACGAAUGGGUCCCGAUCGAUUCUUGUGCAUUUCGUCGGUUCCGUUCGCGUUCUAACGAGCUCUCGGGUGACCGUUCGAGAGGAAGUAAGAAAUUACUUGUGACAAUAUCGCAAGUACGUCUAGUCGUUCAUGUUCGUUUACAUUGGUACGCCCGAAGGAAAAGCAAACGAUUAUGGUGAAAGAAAAUAAAAAAAACCCGAUGCCGUGUAUUUGUGUUUUCCACGACAUAUACAAAGGAAAUAAUAUGUACAUAUAUAUAUGUAUAUGUGAUACGUUUAUAAUUAUUAUGUGAUAUAUUCGUAAUCAUCGGAGACAGGAUUCAAAAGGAUUUUGUAAUUCCAACAAUGGCAUUUCUUCUGUCGCGAAAACGUUGCGCGUUAUAAUAAUAUAUGUUUACGAGAUAUAUUAUAUUUUUUAUCGUAUCGCUGAUUUCGCUAUUCGAAGGGUCAGCAGGAACGAAGAAUCGUUCGUUUCGAAUCAAUUCCCCCGUUCUCAACCGUGGAAUGUUCUUCGCUCGUUACGCGAGAUUACGGUAUACGCAUAGAAUUAUUUUUUCACUUUGUAAUACUUCGUUAUCGAUAGCUUACUUUUUCUUUUAUUUCUUAUUUUUUUUCGUACAUUAAUUAGCGAAUAGCAGCGAGAAUGUAUUUGCUUCUUUUUUCCUGCAAACUCUUCGCCCCCCCUUGAAUGUAAUUACGUACGGGACUGUGCAAAAACGAUCGCUUUUGCAUUGAACAAAGGUACUCGCGAUAGUGUCGCGUUUGUUACGGUACCAAAAACAUUAUAUUUAAUUUUAACAGAAGGAUAUUUUAACAUUGACGUAGACGGUUUGGACAUUAUUUAGCGAAUCGAUGGUUUUCAUUAAUUCGAAGCUGAUCGUCGAUGUAAUCUUGUUGCGUCAGAAUAACAUGUAUUUGAACAAAUAUGAAUGAUUUUAUAUGGCCGAGAAAAUAAAGUUUUUAUACAA